AUGUUUGCUGCUCUGGAUGUUAUCGUUGUUGUUGUUGUGUCGCUGUCGGAGAAUGACAAAGUCGGGGCCACAGUUGUGGAUUUACAAAGAAGCUGUCCCACCACAAGUACCACAUCAUGUUUGCUGGAGAAUUUAAUCGAUUCCUAUGAAGAUUCUUUGAAACUAAAUGAUAGCCAAUCCAUGCCGGCCCUACAGGUCUUGGUGAUACAAAAUUCUGCCCUAAGACGUAUACCAUCCUCCCAGCUAUUAGAUGUUAUGCCGAAUCUGGAAAAGCUGCUCCUGCUCAACUGUGGUAUAAAUAGCCUCAACGAAAAAGAUUUCAGUGGAAUUCAUCGUUUAAAGAUUUUGGCCCUUAAGGAGAAUUCCAUCUUCACCCUGGCGAAAAAUGUCUUCCAGCCUUUGGCUGGCUCCCUAGAGGAAUUACAGUUACGCUCGAAUCGUAUACACAUUUUAAAUCGUCAAGCCUUUGGCGGUUUGCAGAAUCUCAAUUUUUUGGAUAUUUCCUAUAACAAUGUGAUCAGCUUACAGGGUGGAGUGUUUGAACCGCUGCCCAAUUUGGAAUAUUUGGAUUUGAGUCACAACAAUUUGGAGGCCAUUGAUGGGAAUACCUUCAGCAAAAAUCCGAAGUUAAGCACGCUGAAUUUAAGUGAUAAUAAAUUCUCCGUUUACGAACCAAAUUCUCUGGCCCAUUUCAAACAUUUAAAAAUAUUGGAUUUAAGCAAUAGCCUUCUCGAGGAUUUAUAUCUACAAUCGGUGGAUUUAUUACAAAUCUCAAAUAGUGGCCUCAAGACCUGUACCGUCAAUGGUGGAGUUCUACGCCUCUUGGCUGCCAAUAACUCUUUGAGUGGCAUAAAAAUCGGCAACAAACUAGAGGUCCUAGACAUACAGCUGCAAGGCAAUUAUUUUGAAGCGCUAGAUGAUUUCCAGGGUAUGGUGAAUUUACGUUCUCUGGAUAUAUCACAUAAUCAUGUAGGCGGUUUAAUAUCCCGCAAAUCCUCGGCAAUUUAUUUACAUUUACCAAAUUUGGAAUAUCUCAAUUUGGCUCACAAUCGUUUGAGGCAGUUGUCCGCAAAUCAAUUUUUAAUGCUAUCCGAACUUCGUAGCCUUGAUUUGUCACACAAUCAGUUGCUGCAAUUACCCACAGGAGUUCUUAGGCCCCUUAAAGGUCUCCGGCAACUCUAUUUGGAUAAUAAUCAUUUGGUGGAUUUCAAUUGUACGCAACUCAAGCAACAACAUCCCGCCUUACAACAAAUCACCUUAGAUGGUAACGAUUGGGAGGAACAAUAUCAGGGGGAGUUAAUUCUACAACUACAACAACAAAAUAUCACAGUUAGAAGACACAUGCCAGGGUAUGAUAUGGACAAUUAUCUUAAUUCUCAUGAGAUGCCUCCUCCCACACCCUUUGAGCAUUAUGAAAAGCAACAGCUGAUUGGUAGUGUCUCCGGCAUUCAUCCCUAUUGGACCCUGCGUGAUGUGUUGGCUCUCAUUACCCUGCUAUUGGUUCUGAUCAUAUUGUUAUUGCAAUUUUUUCGUAUUCUACAAGAGGAACAAUGCUGCCGUCGAAGAUUCUUUCAGCAUGACCAUGAGGCCGAACAGCCCUUAGUGCAUAAUAGUUCGGUUUUGUAG